AUGGCACAAUAUCGCACCCAGACUUCCCCGCCAAUAGACGACGACCAAUUCCAUCCGCCAUCAUCAGUAACCAAAGACUCGUCACCCCAUCUACUCCAGCUUCGGACCCGUAGUCCCUGGCUUGACGCCGACGCCAAGAACAACCAAGACCCGGACGACCAAGAACGGCGCCGUGCUCCAAAACACCAGGUGAUCGUCCAGUGUCCAAGCCGACAGACGAGCCCAGCUCGCCCACCCGCCCACGGCCUGGGCCGCCGAGUGGCAGAAGGCGACGUCGCUGACCAGCAUGCCGGCGCACAGGAGCCGCCAGAGCCGCACGUCGUCGCAGGCACGCAUCACCACGGCCUCGACAAACGCAAAGUACAGCCAGGCGCCGCCCAGCGAAGUGUACAAGAAGGUCGACCCCGCGGCGAAGGCGCCCCCGUGCCGCGUCAUGGUCGACAGGUACGCCUCGGGCGCGCGGAACACCAUGAUGGCCCCGUUUACCGCAAACAGAGGCUCGACGACGGUUAA